AUGUCGAAUCUUGCAAAAUUAGAGUUCGUUGCCUUGGAUGUUUCAGGAAAUAAUUAUUUGUCAUGGGUCCUUGAUGCGGAAUUACACCUUAGUGCUAAUGGCCUAAAAGAUACCAUUGACCCAGAAAAAAUCCCAACUGUUGAACAAAAUGCAAAAGCAAUUAUUUUUCUUAGGCAUCACAUCCAUGCAGACUUAAAAUCUGAAUAUCUCACUAUCAAAAAUCCACUCACCCUUUGGAAUAAUCUCAAGGAUAGAUUUGAUCAUCAGAAACUUGUUCACUUGCCAUCUGCCCGACAUGAUUGGAUUAAUUUGAGGCUACAGGAUUUCAAAUCUAUAGCUCAAUAUAAUUAUACUCUUUUCAAGAUAAGCUCAAAAUUAAUUUUAUGUGGUGAAAAUAUUACUGAUGCUGAAAUGAUUGAAAAGACUCUCUCAACCUCUCACUCCAACACUAUGAUCUUGGCUCAGCAAUAUAGGGAGCUGAAUUUUCAGAAAUAUGGCGAGCUGAUAUCUCUCCUUCUUAUGACUGAAAAGGAUAAUAAGUUGCUAUUCAAAAACCAUCAGAUAUGUCCCACAGGCUCUGCCCAUGAAGUACAUAACACGUCACUCCUGAAGAAUGAACGUGGGAAAGGGCAUAGAGGAGGACGAGGUUAUGGACAAAACCGUGGAUGUCGAAAUUUCCGUGGUCGGUCUCGCAAUCAAUAUCAUUUUGGCCACCUGAAGUGGCAACGUGAUGGUUACAACUCUGGCCACCAGAAGUGUCAACGUGAUGGUUACAACAAGUGCCAACGUGAAGUGCCAAAAAAAGGAAAGGCACCCCAAGAAGGAGAGAAACGAGACAUAUGUCAUAGGUGCGGAACUGAGGAACUCUAG